AUGGCUACCAGUGGUGUUGAAGCGCUUAAAGGUACAUGGGAAUAUGUUGAUGGUGAAAAUUUUGAUGAUUAUAUGAAAGAGCUUGGUGUUGGAAUGGCAACACGCUUGGCAGCUAAAGGAAUAAAACCGCGUCUUAUUAUCAGUGACAAUGGUGGUAAAUGGAAUCUACGAGCGGAAAGUACACUAAAAACAACAUCAUACGAUUUUACACCUGGUGUUGAAUUCGAUGAAACAACACCUGAUGGACGAGAAGUUAAAUCAACCAUCAACUUUGAAGGUGAUAAAUGGGUUCAUACAUCAGUCGACAAAAAUGGAAAACGGUCUGUGGUUCAACGUUAUAUCGAUGAUAAAGGUCAACAAAUGAUUGAUAUGGAAUGUGGUUCAGUUAAAGCUCGUCGUUGGUAUAAACGUUCUUCAUAA